UACCACUUUGUAGGAUCCAAGAUGUCAGCGCCCAGCGAUAUCAACACAUACACAUGGAUCUUCGUGCAGUGACUAGCUUUAGAUAUUCUACAGUAAUUUCAUGAAGCGACUAUACCCCUUUUGUGAAUUAUGGAAAACUCAAAGGUUAUAUCUGACUUUGUCAGAAUGAGUAAGCGUGACAAAAGACUGGCGAACAAGAAACGUAAAGCCGAAGUUCUGAUUGAUUUACUCAGCCAGACAGAUGUGCAACGCAAACGGAUAAAGAUGACUGAAGGUGAGAUAUCAGAUGAUUCACAAUUGAAGAAAGUCCAAGAUGGUACCUGUCUUUCAAAUUCCACAGGGAAAACAGUGUCGAGGAAGGUGCUGUUGCACCAACUGAAGAAACAAAGAGUGAAAGAAAGAAGAAGAUUGAGCAAACCUGCCAAGACAGAUACAGCGGAACGGCCAGCUUUGUAUCUCACACUCAAGGAGUUGCUCGAACAACAAGGAAACACACAAGUGCCCCGUAAAGAAGAUGAGGAGUUACCUCCCUUGUUCAUGUUGGAUUUGCAACAUUUAUUGACCUUUGCUCUGUUACCUGACUCAUACAAGUACUAUCCAAGAUGGUGUAAGUUGGCACGCCCCAGGAAGGUGGCCUCAGUGGUUGUCAUAGUGAUAGACCAACUUAGCUCCAGUGAUCUGGAAGAAUACCAAGAGUGCUUUCCCUUCAUGAAGAAAACAUUUCAUAUAUUUACCGAGAUGAUCUCCCCUUAUCAAUAUGGCGGCUCAGUAAUGGAGGACGUGUUCCACGUGCCUGUCAGCAAAGCCACCAUGAAGGUUAAAGCCAUGAGUGACCAAGAAGGAAGAAUUAAAUUGAAGAAUCAGAUUGAUGAGGUGCACAAUUCCCAGUUGCGGCUACAACAGUCCCUUGGCAUCACCGUUGCAGAUAUCCCAGCGCCGGCGCCUGACUUCGACAGGACCCACCUGCUCCUCAACCCCAUGCAGAUGAUGCAAGAUGGCUACCCCAUGCCAGUAGACACACUGAAAGAUCGCUACAAGGAUUUCAAGUUCAGCUGUAACAGUUACAAAUCUGUGUCAAAGAAAAGUCCACUCUUUGCUAUAGAUUGUGAAAUGUGUCUCACGUCAGCCCAGGAGAAUGAGUUGACGAGAGUGUCGGUGGUCAACGAGAAGUUAGAGACUGUGUAUGACACGUUGGUCAAACCAUACAACAGGAUCACAAACUACCUCACACAAUACAGUGGCAUCACGAAGACGAUGUUGCUUCCAGUGAAGACUCGUCUGAAGGAUGUACAAAAGCACUUGAAGAGACUCCUGCCCUCAGACGCCAUCUGGGUGGGUCAGUCUCUCAACGGGGAUCUUCUUGCACUCAAGUUGUUCCACCCCUAUGUGAUCGACACGAGCGUCAUCUACAACAUGUCUGGCAUCAGGUGGAAGAAGACUGGGCUCAAGGCCCUCACAGCUCAGUUCCUCAAACAGGACAUUCAGACAGGGUCAGCAGGUCACAGUCCGGUGGAGGAUGCCCGUGCAGCCAUGGAACUCGUUCAGCUGAAGAUGCACAAAGGUUUGGAUUUCGGGGAUGCGACUCGGUCUGUGGUAGACCUGGAUCCCUCGUCUGAGUGCUGCACCAAGGGUGUAGUUGAGGGUGUGACCGGGAAGGGGGAGACAGCCACCCAGGUGAUGGACAAGAGGCGCCUGUUCUUCCAACAGAAUAAGUCCUGCUAUAACAGUCUACUGGCUCUCAUGGCGACAGAGAAGAAGACAGCUGCAGUUAUUGACAAGGCGGACACGCUGUCAUCAAACUUGUCAGAUGUGUCUGUUUGUUGCACCGUCGGGUCAUCAGACAAAGCCAGGACGGAGGCUGCAGCGCAGGCCGUGCAGAAGCAGGACUUUGUGUGGGUGCAGCUGCAUGCACUGAAUCAGAGGACGAAAAGUAACACUGCCAACACAGGGGAGGAAAAGGUAACAGCAAAGUCCAGGGAGGAGAAAGAGACAGCAGCAUCUGUGAGAAAAACUGGUGAUUCUGAUGAAGAGAAAGAGGAGUCUAUGUUGAGAGAAGAAGGGGAAAAGGAAGGCGAGGACUUGAUUAAGAGAUAUAUGAAGCGAUUAGACAAAAGAGUGAAGAGGAUUGCAAAGAAGGUUCGACCAAAGUCAUUGUUGUGUGUGGUGUUGUCAGGGCAACCAAGUAACAAGGUGAUUCACAAUGCAGGUGUCCUUCUAAAGAUCACAUGACACUUACACCAGUGUAUCACAUACAGAACCCUAGGGAUCACAUUAUCCAUUCUGUCUGAGACUAUAGUUGACCAGCAGAUUGGGCAUCACAAGGAGGGUGUGGUCAGUGCUGACCAUUCAGUGACCAGCAGAGAGUGCAUCACAAGGAGGGUGUGGUCAGUGCUGACCAUUCAGUGACCAGCAGAGAGUGCAUCACAAGGAGGAUGUGGUCAGUGCUGACCAUUCAGUGACCAGCAGAGUUGGCAUCACAAGGAGGGCGUGGUCAGUGCUGACCAUUCAGUGACCAGCAGAGUUGGCAUUACAAGGAGGGUGUGGUCAGUGCUGACCAUACAGUGACCAGCAGUGUUAGCAUCACAAGGAGGGUGUGGUCAGUGCUGACCAUACAGUGACCAGCAGAGUUGGCAUUACAAGGAGGGUGUGGUCAGUGCUGACCAUACAGUGACCAGCAGUGUUAGCAUCACAAGGAGGGUGUGGUCAGUGCUGACCAUACAGUGACCAGCAGUGUUAGCAUCACAAGGAGGGUGUGGUCAGUGCUGACCAUUCAGUGACCAGCAGAUUUGGCAUCACAAGGAGGGUGUGGUCAGUGCUGACCAUUCAGUGACCAGCAGAUUGGGCAUCACAAGGAGGGUGUGGUCAGUGCUGACCAUUCAGUGACCAGCAGAGUUGGCAUCACAAGGAGGGUGUGGUCAGUGCUGACCAUACAGUGACCAGCAGAGUUAGCAUCACAAGGAGGGUGUGGUCAGUGCUGACCAUUCAGUGACCAGCUCAACCAGGAAUAGAAGAUGCUGAGGUUUUCCUUCAAGACUUCUAUUAUCAUGGUUCCAUGUACAGAAAAUAAAGCACAUACAUUGAUUACGUUCUGUA